GAUCAGACCCCAGCGCCCGGCUGCAGCCCCUGCCCCGCUGGACGGGCCUGAGCUCGGUGGGGCGUGUGGGGCAGCCCCCCUCCGCUGGGUGUGUUCCCGUCUUUGAGCGCACAGGCCAUCGCACUCAUCCCCUGCAGCCAUCCCUUCCCUGCUCCGUGGCUGCCACAAGGGAGCUGGAUGGUCUGAAGAGAGGAGCUGUGGGGCUCUCUGGGGAGCCCUGGCAGUACUAGUGAGCAACGUCAUGCUGUCUCCUAAGAAAAGCCUUCUCUGCAACCUCAACCACAUCCAUCUGCAGCACAUCUCCCUGGGGCUGCACCUCUCCCGGCACCCAGAGCUCCAAGAGACCUCUGCCUCCAUGGGUGGAGGGGACCAGAUUGGCUGCAGUGACUGCCCGGAGAACUGUGAGCAAGUGGAUGCCAAUUCCAACAAUCCCUCCUUGAAAUGCCGGUGUUGUGAGUCCCACACGCAGCAGCCGGUGACGUUGGGUCUCCAGAAGCAGACAGCUCAAGAGGGCUUCCCCUACCUGCAUGCUGAGGAGGAGGUGGCUUCCCCUUGUGAUCCCCCUUGUGAUCUGGCUUCCUCCUCCUCCUCCUCCUCCUCCUCUGUCAGUAGCUGCUCGGAUUUCAGCUUGGACGACUCCCCCAUCUCUGUUUACUGCAAGGGGUUCUCCAGAGAAGAGUCCGAAUCCCCUGAAAAUCAGCCCAACGUCAUUCCCAUAGGAGACACCCAGUCACUAACUGACCAGGGGAGGACGUGUGAUGGAAGAGAUGCCAACCUCAACCCCACAGUGCUUCAGAGAUCGGACACCUUGGCUGGAGAGAGCCCAGACAGCCUCUGCAGCAGCACCUUGCUUGACUCCCAGUGCGAUGAGACCUCUCCCAGCGCCGUGCCACAGGGGACCACCAGCGUCUGCAUCGACCUCGACCCUAACUGCAACUCCCUUCCCAAUCCUGAUGCUGUGCCUCCGGCACCGCCGGCACCAGGACAGUGGGAUCCCAGUCUGAGCAGAGUUCCUGAGCCACAGCCCCGGGCUGGCAGUGUCCCCCCACCCGUGCCCCCUCGGCCCCGGAGACGGCUGCAGGUUCUCAAUGCGCAGAGAGCAGAGCAGCUGCUGCUGCCCACGGAGCCAGAGCCCAGCUCAGGCGACAUCUGCAGAGACGCAGGCAAGAAGACCAUCACCUCCUUCCAUGAGCUUGCCCAGAAGAGGAAGAAGAACACUGCUGGGCCCGCUCUGGCCCAGGCCAGGGCUGACCGGAGCGACUGGCUGAUCGUAUUCUCGCCUGACACGGAGCUGCCGCCCUCCAGCGAGCUGCUCUCCGGCGCCGUGGGCCAGGAGCCAGCGCGGCCCCAGCCCCAGCACGACUGGCUGGUAAAACCCCCCAGCUCCAGGCAGAGAGAGGUGACCACCUUCAAGGAGCUGCGGUACCGCAGUGCCUCCAACAAGCCCAGGGGCCAGCCAGCCGGCGAGCGGGCAGAGCCGGUGCCACCUCAGCACCUCCCUGCACCAGCCUCUGGUGGUGACGGCGCAGGCUGGGUGCCACCUGUGCCACUGGGUGCACACUUGCUGGCACCCAUGGAAAGUCAGCAGGCGAAGAGGAGGCGAUCCCGGCCAGGACUGCAGCCCAUCGCGGAGGCGCAGCCGGGGGCUGCGGAGGAGGGGGGGCUGCCAGCCUGGAGCUGCCCCUUGGGAGAGACGGGGCUGGGAUCCCUCCGUGACAAAGACACCCUGGUGCUUGGGAGGGUCGGGGGAGCCGGGGGGGACCCCCGGGUGCUGGGGUCAGCCGAGAGAGGAGAGGAGCCCCGCAGGGAGGCCCUGCUGAUCGCCGUCAGCGCCGCCGUGGACAAGAUCAUCGCCCACUUCAGCGCCGCGCGGAACCUGGUGCAGAAGGCCCAGCUGGGAGACAGCCGGCUCAGCCCAGACGUGGGUUACCUGCUGCUGCACACCCUCUGCCCUGCGCUCUAUGCCUUGGUGGAGGAUGGGCUGAAGCCAUUCCAGAAGGACGUUAUCACAGGCCAGAGGAAAACCUCCCCCUGGAGUGUGGUGGAAGCCUCUGUGAAGACAGGGCCCAACACCCGCUCUCUCCACUCUCUCUGCUGCCAUGUGGCUGGGCUGGCCCCUCUUACCAGCACCCGACAGAAGUUUCAUGCCUUUAUCCUUGGUCUUCUGAAUAUUAAGCAGCUGGAGCUGUGGAUUUCUCAUUUGCAGAAGAGCCCAGGUGUAAUCUCCGUGCUGUAUUCACCCACGGCCUUCUUUGCCCUGAGCCAAGGCCCUCUUCCCCACCUUGCCGAUGAACUGCUGCUGCUCAUCCAGCCCCUCUCAGUGCUGACUUUCCACCUUGACCUGCUCUUUGAACACCACCACCUCUCUAUGGAUGUAAGACCCUUGUCCCGUAGGCUGGAGUCACCCCUGUCUCCUGCCCAUCGCUCUGCUCAGGCUGUGCAACCUUCUCUGGAGGGCCAAAGCAGCACUGCAGGGGACAGCCUGGAAGAUGAGUUCCCUCCUGAUGCUCUGGGGAGGGUGGCUGGUGCAGACAGCAGCACAAGGUCCCAGUCCCAAGCAGCUGUGCCUGGGCUGGUCCCUGGGUCUGAGGUGGGAGCUGCCCUGCAGCAGACCUUCCAGCAUGUGCUGCGGUGGGGCGACCAGCUCAGUCGCACUUUCCUGGGAGCUGACAGCUCCCAGGAUACCCACAGGCCCGAGGCAGGCCCUCGGGAUGCCGGGACUGGCCUCAGUGGCUGGUGGGGCCAGCUGAGCCAGGCCUCCAGGAUUUAUGCUGCUCCUAGCAAGGAAAAGUUCCCCUUCAUCUGGUGGACAAAGCUGCGGGUGGCUGCGGGGGAUUCCAGCCCCAGCCAGGCUGUGCGACCCCAACCAUCCAUGAAUGAACCUAGAGGCACGGAGCUGCAGCUCCUUCAGACCAAAGCUGUCCCUGAACUCCCCGGUCCAAAGCCCAGCAGCCAUGCUGACACCUCUGGGACCUCUUGCCCUGAAGACCUCAUCGUGCCUGCUGGGGCUGGAGCACCCCCCAAGCCAGACGAUCCUGCUGCUGGAGAGAAUCUCCUGGCUGUUUCUCCAGAGCCAUGUGUGAAUAGGAAUCGGGCAGCACCUUCAGACCCAAAGGCAGGUGGUCCUCCUGGUCCUGAGAAGGGCAGCUGGCUGGGCCGGCUCUUUGGAGCCACCAGCCCCUCUGCCAGGAGCUUCUCUCCCAGUCCUGAUGCCAUCUCAGCUCGGUCCAGGAGACCUUCUAGCUGGCUGUCCCCCAGCGCACGUGUCCUGGCUGUGGUGGUGAAGGGGCUGGCGGCUGAGAAGCCCCAUGCUGAAGAACAGCCACAGAAGAACUCGCCCGAGCCGCCGCAGGCCCCCAGGGCAGUUCGGGCGCUGUGUGACCACACGGGCACCGCCGAUGGUCACCUGAGCUUCCAAAAAGGGGACAUCCUGCAGCUGCUCUCCACUGUGGAUGAAGACUGGAUCUGCUGCUGCCAUGGAAACAGCACUGGCCUAGUUCCUGUCGGUUACACAUCUCUCAUUUUGUGAGGAGGCGGUGGAGACCUGAGGCAGCAACUGAGCCCGCUGCAGCAGGUGCCACCUCUGGGAAAGCCUGUCUCCUGCCACAGCUUCACCUCCUUUGGGAUUGGCAGUGCUGCAGGGGACCCUGCCCCGGUCCCCGCCACUGCUGCUCCUUUGCAUGACAUUAUGUCUGCUGCGGGUACCUCCCAUGAGCCGCUGCUGCGCGUGUCCCCACAGAGCUGCUGGCACUUCACCGCGGCACCCGCUUGGGAACUGCUCUCGCUCAUGUUUCCCAGGGGAGGGAAGGGCCGCGGCCCCACGCGGUGCCCACAGUCCUGUGUGUUGUCUCCGUGCCCUCCUGUCCUGCCACUGCUACACGCCCUGCUCUGCCUCGCGGCCGGGGCUGGUGGCCCCAGCUGCCGAUGCGCAGGCCCAGCACCCUGUAAAUAGUUGUGACCACAGGAAUAAGCUUAUUCCAAUGGGGAAAAGCUGGAAAUAAAGGUUGUGACUCACGUA